GAAAUCUGUGAGAAUCCACGGUUUAUUAUUGGUGGAGCCAACAGAACAGAUAUCUGCCAAGGAGAAUUAGGUGACUGCUGGUUCCUGGCUGCCAUUGCUUGCCUGACCCUGAAUAAAAAACUACUCUGUAGAGUCAUACCUCAUGACCAGUCCUUUAUACAAAACUAUGCUGGCAUUUUUCACUUCCAGUUCUGGCGCUAUGGAGACUGGGUGGACGUCGUCAUUGAUGACUGCUUACCCACCUACAACAACCAGCUGGUCUUUACGAAGUCUUCCCAGCGCAACGAGUUCUGGAGCGCCCUCCUGGAAAAAGCCUAUGCAAAACUCCAUGGGUCAUACGAAGCUUUGAAAGGAGGCAACACCACCGAAGCCAUGGAGGACUUCACUGGAGGAGUCACAGAGUUCUAUGAGAUAAAGGAUGCCCCUAAAGAUAUCUAUAAAAUCAUGAAACAUGCCAUUGACAGAGGAUCCCUCAUGGCCAGCUCCAUUGAUGAUAACCUAGGCUUUUCCUACGGAUCAGCUCCUCGGAGCGACAUUGGGAAACUGAUUGCUCGAAUGGUGAAGAAUCUAGAAAACGCACAGAUGACUUACUCCACUGUAGACUACCAGGGGACAGACGAAAGGCCAGCCUGGACCAUAAUGCCAAUGCAGUAUGAAACCCGGAUGUCUUGCGGGCUCGUCAAAGGUCAUGCCUACUCUGUCACAGCCGUGGAACAGACAACAUUUAAAGGGGAAAAAAUACGUCUGGUUAGGCUGAGAAACCCCUGGGGGCAGGUGGAAUGGAACGGACCUUGGAGUGACAAGUCAGAGGAGUGGAACUUCAUUAAUGAAGCAGAGAAAAUCCGCCUGCAGCACAAGAUCAUGGAGGAUGGGGAGUUCUGGAUAUCAUUUGAAGAUUUCAUGAGGCACUUCACAAAACUUGAGAUCUGUAACCUCACACCUGAUACGCUGGAAGCUGACAAACUCCAUACCUGGACUGUGUCAGUCAACGAAGGGCGCUGGGUGAGAGGCUGCUCAGCUGGAGGUUGCCGCAAUUAUCCAGAUACAUUUUGGACCAAUCCCCAGUAUCGCUUGAAGCUCCUGGAGGAAGAUGAUGAUCCUGAGGAUGAAGAGGUUGUCUGCAGCUUCCUUGUUGCACUGAUGCAGAAAAAUAGGAGGAAAGAACGCAAGCUGGGAGCCAACCUGUACACCAUUGGCUUUGCCAUCUACGAGGUGCCCAAAGAGAUGCAUGGUACUAAGCACCACUUGCAAAAGGAUUUUUUCCUCUACAAUGCCUCCAAAGCUAGAAGUAAGACCUAUAUAAACAUGCGAGAAAUCUCUGAGCGCUUCCGGCUACCUCCCAGCGAGUACGUCAUCAUCCCAUCGACAUAUGAACCCCACCAGGAGGGAGAAUUCAUCCUGAGGGUCUUCUCAGAGAAAAGAAGUCUGUCAGAGGAGGUUGAAAACAUGAUCGAGGCAGAGCGUCCAUCGAAGAAGAAAAAGGGCAAGCCUAUCAUCUUUGUUUCCGACAGAGCAAACAGCAAUAAGGAGCUGACAGCAGAUGAAGACACUGGCAAAGACGGUGAAAAAACCCAUGUGGAUGAGAAAAAGCGUCCUUCAGCAAAAGCUCGUGAGGGGACUGAAGAAGAAAAACAGUUCAGGAAUAUUUUCCGACAGAUUGCAGGGGAUGACAUGGAGAUCAAUGCUGAAGAACUCAGGAAUGUUCUCAAUAAUGUCGUAAAAAAACAUAAGGACCUAAAGUCAGAAGGAUUUGAACUGGAAUCCUGCCGCAGCAUGAUUGCUUUAAUGGAUACAGACGGCUCAGGGAAGAUAAACUUCGAUGAGUUUCGACAUCUCUGGGACAAGAUCAAAAGCUGGCAGAAAAUUUUCAAGCGUUAUGACACAGAUCAUUCGGGAACAAUUAACAGCUACGAGAUGCGCAAUGCAGUCAAUGAUGCAGGGUUUCGGCUGAACAACCAGCUCUACGACAUCAUCACCAUGCGCUACGCUGACAAGAACAUGAACAUUGACUUUGACAGCUUCAUCUGCUGCUUCGUGCGCCUGGAUGCCAUGUUCAGGGCAUUCCAUGCCUUUGAUAAAGAUGGAGACGGCAUCAUUAAGCUCAAUGUCCUGGAGUGGCUGCAGCUCACGAUGUACGCCUAACACUAGAGCCGGCACCCACCUUCAAGAAAACGCUCAAGACUUCCAUUUUGAGUAACUAGCUCCAUUCAUCCGCAAGUGCAAACAAGAGCAUUUCCUAAUUACACACUUCACUUGCCCAGAUAAACGGCGCAUGGGAAGAAUCCCUUGGAAAAAGAGACAACCAUACUCCAGUAGGCUGACCAGAGUGCAUAUUCUGUAACUACUUUUAUAACUUACUGACAUUUUCCUUCGGGCAACAAGGAUUAAUUUACUGAUGACUGAAUUAAGCUUUUUCU